UUUUUCUGGCUCUGCUCCUCAGAUAAAGUAUGAUGUCUUUCUCAACUUUAGAGGUCCAGACAUUCGUGAAGGUUUCCUUAGUCAUUUGAAUAAGACUUUAUAUCAAAAGCAGAUUUUUCCCUUCGUAGAUGACAUGCUUCCCAAAGGGGGUGAAAUAUUGGAAGAUCUUCUUGGAGCAAUUGAAAGAUCAUUGAUUUCAUUGGUCAUAUUCUCACCAAACUAUGCUUCUUCAUCUUGGUGUUUGCUAGAGCUUGUGAAAAUACUUGAGUGCAGAGCAAAAUAUGGACAGAUUGUGCUACCUGUUUUCUUCAAAGUAGAUCCCUCAGAAGUACGGCAUCAAAAGGGGGCUUAUGAAAAUGCAUUUUCUGAACAUGAAGAAAAGCGUAGUUUAAAUAAGGUGCAAACUUGGAGAUCUGCUUUGAACGAAGCUGCUAAUUUAGAAGGAUUUCAUGCUUCAAAUUUUCGGAAAGAAGCUGAGCUUGUUGGAGAAAUAGUUAAAUGGGUACAGAAGAGAUUGAAACAUGUGGACCAAGUUAACUCGAAAGGACUUGUUGGAAUUGCCAAACCAAUUUCACAUGUAGAAUCAUUGUUACGGUUAGAGACAGAAAUUUUUUGUAUUAUUGGAAUUUGGGGUAUGGGUGGAAUAGGCAAAACAACAAUUGCAUAAGAGGUAUAUUACAGAUUGCUUGCUGAUUACGAAGGGUAUUGUUUUCUGGCUAAUGUAAGAGAAGAGUUGGGAAGACAGGGAAUAAUUCAAGGUCAGUUUUCUGUUACUGAUUAUUUUACCAAUAUGAAGAUCAUGUGGGAUGAGUUGGACAACUUGAAGCCUUUGCCAACAUGUAGUUGUGCUUUGAGGUGUUCCUGCAAUGGAUACCCUUUGAUGCGUGAGUAUAGAGACUGUGAUCGCACAGUGAGAUUCUUGAAAGGACUUAAUGAUCAAUAUGGUCAUGUAAGAUCCCAAGUAAUGAUGAUGAAGCCAUUGCCAGAUAUCAAUACUGUUUUUUCUUUAGUGGCUCAACAAGAAAGACAGAUUCAAUGUGAGUCAAAUCCGAAUCAACUUGGAAAUGAUCCAAGAAUAUUUCACAGUUCCACAAAUAAUCCAAGAUUCCACAGUUCCACUGAUAAUCCAAGAUUCCACAGCUCCACUGAUAACCCAAGAUUUCAUAAUUUUACUGAUAAUACUCACAGAGGAGUUUAUGGCAGAGGAAGAGGACAUGCAAACACCAACAUAUUUGGAAGAGGGCGUGGGAACAACACCAAAUUAUGCACUCACUGUGGGAGAACUAACCACACUGUUGAUACUUGUUACAAAAAGCAUGGAUUCCCACCGAACUUCCAAUCAAGGAAUGCUGCAAAUUUUUCUUCACAAGAUGACAGUAAUGAAGCUAUGCAAAAUCAAGAAGUUCAAGAAGCAAAUGUGACCAUAUCUCAAGAGGAGUAUGACAGUCUCUUGAAUGCUUUCAAUCAUCAGAAUUCCAUAAUGCCAGAAACACCAAUUUCCUCAACCAAUAUGAUUCAGACCACGGCUCUAAAUGCAGACUCAACAGGUAACUCAUCAGGCAGAUGGCUUCUUGACACUGGAGCCACUGACCAUAUCAGUUUCAUAUUUUCUAAUUUUUCUGAAUUUAGAAAGAUCAAGCCUAUAUUCAUCUCUCUUCCUGAUGGAUCUCAAUCCUUAGCCCAAUUUUCAGGAACAGUACACAUCUCUCAUUCCCUUAUUCUCUACAAUGUUCUAUAUGUUCCUACUUUCAAAGUUAAUCUCAUUUCGGUCACAAAACUACUUCAUGAUCUCUCCUGUUAUCUAACCUUCCAUACUUCUUGUUGCAUUAUUAAACAGAUACCAUCGAAUAUGAUGAUUGGUUCAGCUGAUGUAAUUGAUGGAUUAUAUGUGUUAAAGACUCAAUCAUACAGACAUCAGAGUACAAGCCAGAAAAUUCCUCCCAAUAGUUCCACUGCACCUGUUUCUCAAUUUCCAGCAAAUAAAUCUGUUUCUAAUGUAUCUUCCAAAGAUGAUGCAUCCAUAUGGCAUCAUAGAUUAGGACAUGUUUCUCAUUCAAUUUUAAAACAGAUGUCAAUAAAAUUUCCUUGUAUUUCUUGUAAAGAUGUCUCACCUUGUGAUAUAUGUCAUCUUGCUAAGCAACAUAAUCUGCCUUAUCCACAUAGCAUCAAUGAAACCAAAUCCACUUUUCAACUCUUACAUGUUGAUUUGUGGGGACCAUAUUCCCUGCCAUCCAUACAUGGACAUAAAUAUUUUUUAACAAUUGUGGAUGACUUCUCAAGAUACACCUGGACUCUUCUCCUUAAAAACAAAUUUGAAACUAGAAAUAAACUCAAAGAGUUCAUCAUAUUUGCUGAAAACCAAUUUAACACAAAUGUCAAAUCCAUUAGAAGUGAUAAUGGUCCUGAAUUUGAUAUGACAGAUUUCUAUCACACUAAAGGCAUUUUGCAUCAAAAGAGUUGUGUUGAAAAUCCUCAACAAAAUGGCUUAGUUGAAAGAAAACAUCAACACAUUUUGAAUGUUGCUAGAGCUCUUAUUUUUCAAUCCAAAGUUCCACUUCUCUUUUGGUCUUUUGCCAUUACACACGCUGUUCAUAUCAUUAACAGGUUGUCCUCUCCUUUGCUUCACCAUGAUACACCAUACCAGAAAUUACAUGGAGAACCUCCCUCAUUUCUACAUCUCAAAGUCUUUGGCUGUUUAAGCUAUGCAACAACUCUCAAAGCUCAUCGCCUAAAAUUCUCUCCUCGAGCCACCAAGGCUGUUUUCCUUGGAUAUCAGCAAGGAACAAAAGGUUAUAUUUUACUUGACAUCAAUAAUCAAAAACUUUUUAUAUCCAGAAAUGUUAAUUUCUUUGAAAAUCAUUUUCCUUUUAAAACUCAUAGCAUUUCACAUGACACUUCACAGCCUACCAUUCAUGAUUUCCAGAAUCUAGAUUAUUCUGACCCUAUCCCUUCCUCUCCCUUUAUCCAAACUAUCCAAGAUCACAAUCUAGUCAAUAAUCCUGAAAAUCCAAUAGUCACACAGCAACCAAAUGAGGCUGUCCAUACACGACCACAAAGAAACAGAUCACAACCAUCUUACCUGCAUGAUUAUCACUGUAAUCUGCCAACUACAACUCUUGACCAAUCUUCACAUUCAGGUAAUGCAACUUCAUCCACCCAUAUUGCUUAUCCCUUAUCUGAUGUACUUCAAUAUGAUACUUGUUCUCCCAAAUACAAAAGCUUUUGUCUUAGUGUCACAGCACAGGUUGAACCUAACACUUACACACAAGCUUCCAAACACGAAUGCUGGCAGAAAGCAAUGCUAAAUGAAAUAGCUGCUCUUGAACAUAAUCACACUUGGUCUCUUGUUGAAUUGCCCCCUGGAAAACGGACGAUUGGUUGCAAGUGGGUGUAUAAAAUUAAAUACCUUGCAGAUGGCAGCAUAGAACGACAUAAGGCUAGAUUGGUAGCCAAGGGAUACACCCAAACAGAGGGACUUGAUUACCUAGAUACUUUUAGUCCUGUUGCUAAGCUUACAACAGUCCGAUUGCUUCUCUCAAUUGCUGCAGCCAUGGAAUGGAACCUGGAACAAUUGGAUGUUAAUAACGCCUUCCUUCAUGGCGAUUUAAAUGAGGAAGUAUACAUGGAUCUUCCCCCAGGUAUUCACUGCUCUGAUUCAAAUAAAGUUUGUAAAUUGGAAAAAUCUUUAUAUGGGCUUAAGCAAGCUAGCAGACAAUGGUACUCCAAGCUCUCCACAGCUUUAAUUUCAAUUGGAUAUGUCCAAUCCUCUGCUGAUUUCUCCCUGUUCACUCGUCAACAUGAGUCACAUUUCACAGCUCUCCUUGUGUAUGUCGACGACAUUGUCUUGACUGGUAACAGCAUUGAUGAAAUCAAACGUGUGAAAGCCUUUCUUGAUGAUCGUUUCAAAAUCAAAGAUCUGGGCCAACUUCGAUUUUUUCUGGGUUUGGAAGUUACUCGAUCUUCACAUGGGAUUCUCUUAAACCAGAGAAAAUACACUUUGGAGCUUCUCUCAGACACAGGUCUUACAGCAGCUAAACCAGCCUCCACACCCAUGGAUCCUUCAUUGAAACUUCAUCGAAAGCUUGGAGAACCUAUUGCUGACAUCUCUCUGUAUCGUCGUCUUGUUGGUCGACUACUUUACCUGACCACCACACGACCAGACAUCACCUUCGGCGUCCAACAACUCAGCCAGUUCCUUGCUGCACCCACUGAUGCCCACCUCAAUGCAGCCCAUCGCAUAUUACGUUAUUUGAAAAGCUCACCUGCCAAAGGUCUUUUCUUCCCAGCUUCUGCUAAUCUUCAACUCACAGGGUUCGCAGAUGCAGACUGGGCAUGCUGCCCUGACACAAGGAGGUCCAUUACAGGCUUUGCUGUCUUUCUUGGUUCGUCGCUCAUUUCAUGGCGUUCAAAGAAACAAACAACUGUAUCCCGUUCUUCCACCGAAGCGGAAUAUCGUGCCUUAGCAGCCAUUACAUGUGAACUACAAUGGUUAUCUUACCUCCUUCAAGACCUUCAUGUCCCUCAAUCAAAACAUGCUGCUGUAUUUUGUGACAAUAGAUCUGCUAUAUAUUUAUCUCAUAAUCCGGUCUUUCAUGAAAGAUCGAAACAUAUUGAGUUAGAUUGCCACAUAACCAGAGAAAAGAUUCAAGCUGGACUUCUACACCUUCUUCCCAUUUCCUCAAAGGCUCAAGUUGCGGACACCUUCACCAAGGCUCUGCAUCCUUCAGCUUUCAAUCAUCUAUUGGAGAAACUUGGCCUACUAGACAUUCACAGUCCAGCUUGUGGGGGGGUGUUACAGAUCAAUAAUGAAGCUAUGCAAACUGUCAUGUUGCCUUUAAUUGUACUUUUGAUAUAUUCAUUCUUCCAAUUUAAUGAGAUCGAUUCUCUUCUUCAUUCCUUCUCUUCCCUGCGAUAUGGAUCUUUUCAGAUCAAGAUUACCAUUGUAAGAAUAAUCUCUCUAAAGACAAAGCUUUUUUCCACACUAUUAGGGGAACAAGAUUUGAAAAUUGAAACCCCAAAUGGAUUGCCUCCUUAUGUUGAGAAAAGGCUUCGUCGUAUGAAGGUUCUGAUUGUUCUUGAUGAUGUCAAUGAUUCGGAGCAACUAGAAAAUUUACUUGGAACAAAGGACAGGUUUAAAAAUGGUAGUAGAAUCAUCAUAACUACUAGAGAUAAGCAAGUGCUUGCUAACUGGGUUGAUGAUGAUGAUAUAUACAAGGUUGGGGCACUGGACUUUGAUGAGUCUUUCCGGCUUUUCAAUUUGAAUGCCUUUGAGGAUAAUCAAAUUGACAGAGAAUACUAUGAACUAUCUAAGAGCAUGGUCAAGUAUGCCAAAGGCGUUCCAGUAGUUCUUAAAGUUUUGGGUCAUCUUCUUCGUGGAAAAGAUAAAGAAAUAUGGGAAAGCCAAUCAAAAAGGCUCAAAAAAGUGCCCAAUAAAAAGGUUCAUGAUGUUAUUAAGAUUAGCAUUGAUGAUGAUCUUGAUCAUGAUGAGAAGAAGAUAUUUUUGGACAAUGCAUGUUUUUUCGAUGGAUUGAAUUUGAAUGUUGACAAAAUAAAACUUCUAUUAAAAGAUCGUGAUUAUUUUGUUGCUGCUGCGUUAGAAAAGUUAAAAGAUAAAGCUCUUAUAACUAUUUCUCAAGAGAAUAUUGUAUCCAUGCAUAACAUUAUACAAGAAACCGCUUGGGAGAUGGUUCGCCAAGAAUCUGUUGAAGACCCCGGACACCGAAGUCGACUGUUGGAUACUGAUGACAUUUAUCAAGUACUGAAAAAUAACAAGGGGAGUGAGGCCAUUAGAAGCAUAGUCCUCAACUCUUCGAAGAUUAAGGAGCUGCAGUUAAGCCCUCAAGUAUUUGCUAAGAUGAACAAACUACAAUUUCUUGAUUUGUAUUGUAAUUGGCCAUAUAAUGUGUUGUAUCUUCCUCAAGGGCUUGAAUCUUUGCCAAAUGAACUAAGAUAUCUUCGGUGGGCUUGCUACCCUUUGGAAUCCUUGCCAUCCAAGUUUUCUGCGGAAAAUCUUGUUGAAUUGAACUUGCCCUACAGCCGAGUGAAAAAACUUUGGCACCAAGUGCAGGAACUUGAGAAUUUAAACACCCUCGUACUGCACUCAUCCACAAGCCUGGUGGAACUGCCAGACUUUUCAAAGGCCACAAAUCUUAAAGUCAUAGAUCUCCGUUUUUGUCUAGAGCUGACUAGUGUGCAUCCAUCUGUUUUCGCUAUCAACAAGCUUGAGAAAUUGGAUCUAGGUGGAUGCAUCUCCCUUUCCACCCUUGGAAGCAAAAUCCAUCUGAGCUCCCUUCGUUUUCUCUCCCUCAAUGGCACGGGUAUCGAACAACUACCCUCAUCUAUUGGACUUCAAAGCAAACUUGAAAAGCUAAAUCUAGCAUACACUUACAUUGAGAACUUGCCUGCAAGCAUCAAGCAUCUUACAAAGCUUCGACAUCUAGAUAUUCAGCACUGUAGGGAGCUUCCGACUAUACCAAAGCUUCCCCCAUCACUUGAAAUACUAGAUGCCAGUGGCUGCAUAUCACUGGAGAGUGUGUUGUUCCCUUCAACCACUAGUGAACAACUGAAUGAAAACAAGAAAAGGGUAGCCUUCUGGAAUUGCUUGAAAUUGGAUGAACAUUCUCUCAAGGCUAUUGAGCUGAAUGCGCAAGUUAACAUGAUGAAAUUUGCAUUCCAACAUUUAUCCACAUUUGGUCGUGAUUAUGAUGCUCAAAUCACUGAUGUGUAUCGGGGAAGCAGAGUUUUGUUGUAUGAGAACACAACAUUUGACUUCCUACCCAUUGAACACCCUGUCAGAGCUUUCAGGCUGAAUGCCCUUGCACGCCAACAUUUAUCCACAAUUGGUCGCAGUGAUGAUGCUCAAAGCACUUAUGUGUAUCCGGGAAGCAAAGUUCCAGAGUGGCUGGUGUAUGGGACAACACAAGACUCCCUAACUAUUGAUCUCUCUUUUGGUCCGCAUUCCCCUGAGAUGGGAUUCAUUUUUUGCUUCAUAGUUCCGCAGGUUCAAUCAGAGGGUUUGUUUUUGAAAUUUAAGAUCAGUGUUGGUGAAGAUGAAGGUAACACUGUGUACCUGGACAGACCGCAUCACAGAAUUAUAUCGGAUCAUGUGUAUCUAAUGUAUGACCAAGGAUGUUCCAGCUACCUGAAUAGCCAAGCCAAACAUCAGCCAAGGUUUAAAAUCAAGGUUACAACAGCAUCACGAACACUGACAUCACAGUACGUGCCAUUGCUGUUAGGAGGGUUUGGGGUCAGCCCAAUAGAUUCCUCACAAUAUCUGUUACCAAUUUUUACUGAUAUCAUGAUGGUGAAUUCUAGGAGUAGUUCACGAGAUUGCUUUGUUACGGGUCCAUUGAAUUGGGGAACUAAAGUUGAGGCACUGGACUUUGAUGAGUCUUUCCGGCUUUUCAAGUUGAAUGCCUUUGAACAUAAUCAUAUUGACAUAGAAUACUAUGAACUGUCUAAGAGCAUGGUCGAUUAUGCCAAAGGCGUUCCAGUAGUUCUUAAAGUCUUGGGUCAUCUUCUUCGUGGAAAAGAUAAAGAAAUAUGGGAAAGCCAAUCAAAAAGGCUCAAAAAAGUGCCCAAUAAAAAGGUUCAUGAUGUUAUUAAGAUUAGCAUUGAUGAGGAUCUUGAUCAUGAUGAGAAGAAGAUAUUUUUGGAUAUUGCAUGUUUUUUCGAUGGAUUGAAUUUGAAUGUUGACAAAAUAAAACUUCUAUUAAAGGAUCGUGAUUAUUCUGUUGCUGCUGCGUUAGAAAGGUUAAAAGAUAAAGCUCUUAUAACUAUUUCUCAAAAGAAUAUUGUAUCCAUGCAUAACAUUAUACAAGAAACAGCUUGGGAGAUGGUUCGCCAAGAAUCUAUUGAAGACCCCGGACACCGAAGUCGACUGUUGGAUACUGAUGACAUUUAUCAAGUACUGAAAAAUAACAAGGGGAGUGAGGCCAUCAGAAGCAUAGUCCUCAACUCGUCGAUGAUUAAGGAGCUGCAGUUAAGCCCUCAAGUAUUUGCUAAGAUGAGCAAACUACAAUUUCUUGAUUUGUAUUGUGAUUGGCCUUAUAAAGUGUUGUAUCUUCCUCAAGGGCUUGAAUCUUUGCCAAAUGAACUACGAUAUCUUCGGUGGGCUUCCUACCCUUUGGAAUCCUUGCCAUCCAAGUUUUCUGCGGAAAAUCUUGUUGAAUUGAACUUGCCCUACAGCCGAGUGAAAAAACUUUGGCACCAAGUGCAGGAACUUGAGAAUUUAAACACCCUCGUACUGCAUUCAUCCACAAGCCUGCUGGAACUGCCAGACUUUUCAAAGGCCACAAAUCUUAAAGUCAUAGAUCUCCGUUUUUGUCUAGAGCUGACUAGUGUGCAUCCAUCCGUUUUCUCUCUCAACAAGCUUGAGAAAUUGGAUCUAGGUGGAUGCAUUUCCCUUUCAACCCUUGGAAGCAAUAUCCAUCUGAGCUCCCUUCGUUUUCUCUCCCUCAAUGGCACGGGUAUCAAACAACUACCCUCCUCUAUUGAACUUCAAAGCAAACUUCAAAAGCUAAAUCUAGCAUGCACUUACAUUGAGAACUUGCCUACAAGCAUCAAGCAUCUUACAAAGCUUCGACAUCUAGAUAUUCGCCACUGUAGCGAGCUUCCGACUAUACCUGAGCUUCCCCCAUCACUUGAAAUACUAGAUGCCAGUGGCUGCAUAUCACUGGAGAGUGUGUUGUUCCCUUCAACCACUAGUGAACAACUGAAUGAAAACAAGAAAAGGGUAGCCUUCUGGAAUUGCUUGAAAUUGGAUGAACAUUCUCUCAGGGCUAUUGAGCUGAAUGCGCAAGUUAACAUGAUGAAAUUUGCAUUCCAACAUUUAUCCACAUUUGGUCGUGAUUAUGAUGCUCAAAUCACUAAUGUUAAUGCUGCUCAAAGCACUUAUGUGUAUCCGGGAAGCAAAGUUCCAGAGUGGCUGGUGUAUGGGACAACACAAGACUCCCUAACUAUUGAUCUCUCUUUUGGUCCGCAGUCCCCUGAGAUGGGCUUCAUUUUUUGCUUCGUAGUUCCGCAGGUUCAAUCAGAGGGUUUGUUUUUUAAAUUUAAGAUCAGUGUUGGUGAAGAUGAAGGUAACACUGUGUACCUGGACAGACCACGUCAUGGAAUUAUAUCGGAUCAUGUGUAUCUAAUGUAUGACCAAGGAUGUUCCAGCUACCUGAAUAGCCAAGCCAAACAUCAGCCAAGGUUUAAAAUCAAGGUUACAGCAGCAUCGCGAACACUGACAUCACAGUACGUGCCAUUGCUGUUAAGAGGGUUUGGGGUCAGCCCAGUAGAUGCCUCACAAUAUCUCAGUUUUCUUCAACAAAUAUUUGAAUGA